AUGAUGGAGUUUGACCUGCUUGACGACGCGGAGGAGAUCCUGCAGCCGCUGUGCCUCUGCCUCAACCAAGACUCCUCGCGUGUUGGUGUGGGCCACCACAAGGGCUACGUCAUCUACCGCAUUCAUCGCCGCCCCGCUCCUGCGGGAACGGAGGAGGCAUCGUCGUCGUCGGCCGCGGCAUCAUCCACCGGGCCGCCAUUUUACACGACGAUUGAGGCGGUUUUUCCGCCAAGACGCGGCACGCAAUGUUCGACACCGUCAACGUGGGACGUACAUGAAGGUGCCCCAUCGCCACACGCCGCCGCCUCCUCAACAGUGGGGACAAGCCGAGUGCGUAGAAUGUCCGGCGACCACCGUGACGAGGUUGACCACGACACUCUGCUGGACGCCCUCGCACACAGUCCGUUAUUGCAGCGCAUGGGCAAACCUCUUGAGAGCAGGGAAAAGGAAGAAAGUCAGGUGACGCUUGAAGGGACUUCUGUAAACUCCAAUCCUGUGGGAACUUCCGCGACAACUUUGGCGUCAACACUCCUCGGUAAGAACUUUUUACGGUGGACGGAGGAAAAAAGAGAUGCACCGUUGCCCACAGAAACAGGUGUGGGUGCGAUGGCGCUUUUGUACAAGACGCAGUUUGUUGCUGCAGUCGGUGGUGGGCCGUACCCUGUUGGGCCUAAAAAUGUCGUCAAGAUAUUUCUUACGGGUGAUAUGUGGGCUGAUCGCGAGAUAUGCGUGCCGGACCCGGUGGAAGAACUGCGGUUGGAUCAUCGAUUGGUUAUCAUCCUCACCACCCGGGAAAUGCGUCUGCAUAGCUUUGAGACGGAACUAUGUAUCUUUUCCGUGCCGCUGUGGGCAGACACUGUCCCCACCUCCCGCCCGUCUACCUCCACCUCACCUCUGUUCUCCGCGAGUGUUUCUUUAAACUCUACAAGGUUGCAGCAGCUUAAUCUUGGCGCUUCUGUUACGACGGCUUCGACUUCGACUUCGGCUGCGUCUGCAACACGUUUUGUUGCACCGCUUGCCAUUGACUAUAGCAAAAAAUGUAUUGCCUUCCGCAAUGCAAUGGUGGGGUUUAGUCUGGUGCGCUACGAUGCGGAGGCGUCAUUAUGUAAUAGGGUGAAUGCAGAGUUGCUAUCUACAGUUUCCGUUGCCCACGAACACGCACUCAGCUCUCUGGCAAUGGAUCUCAACGGUGACAUUAGGAGCAGCGGCAGCAACACCGCUUAUGGAUCCAUGCGUUGGCAUAUUGCAACCUGCAGUGAGCGUGGGACAAUUAUACGGGUUUGGCGAUACUAUGAAAGAAGAGGUGAAUCGCCAAUUACGGUAGAUACAACCGCUUCGUCCGCUCCGCAUUCUUCUGAUGUGGCGGUUAAGAGCACAAUUGCUGAGGAAGAUAGUAGUAGGACACUUCCUGGAUAUUUUGUGAGGGUGAGGGAAGUAAGAAAUGCGUCGCUACCAACGCCCAUCUUUCAAAUGCGCUUUCUUGGUGAGGCCUUUCUCUUCUGCAUAGCGUGGAACACGUUGAAGAUCUUUUUUGUGGGUGAGCAGGAGCAGCCAAAGCCGUACGACAUCAGUACGAAGGAUCCAAGUAAGACCGUUAUUACACAAAACAGCUACUCCUCCCUACAUCAUCUCAGUGUGGUUUCCGCGUAUUUUAAUUCCGAAUGGGCCGCCUGUGAGUGUCCAUUCCCGCUGACGGACGAUGUGUUUCUCCCCAAGUGGGUGAACACGACGUCUGGGGAAUUGCGACAGCAUCUGUUGCGUGGCAUGGGUUCCAGCUCUCGAAUGACGGUGAGUGGCAACGGUGUAGAAGGUGAGACGUCUAGGGUUUCUGCCGAUCCAGAAAUCCCUGAACCUGUCUCCUUGCUUAACGACAUCCAAGUGUCUCAGUCAAGAUCCCAAAGCUCUCUGGUGUGCACAGUUCCUGCACGGAGCAAGUCGCAGGAUUUUGGUGGAAUUCUUCGCCGGUAUGUUUUACAGAUGGCACCAAUGGUAGAGAGUGCGGGUCGGGUUGCCAGGAAUUACUGGGGAUUUGGUGGAGAGAGCACGGAGGCGGCAAGAAGUGGCGUGAAUGAAGUGACCAACGACUAUUCACAAAAACGGGACUACACCACGAUGACUGAAGUCGCUCAAUCAGUGGUAGUUUGGUGGGAACAGCCAACAUAUUGGCAGGUGGAAUAUAUGACAAAGUCUUUGUCACGUCUCAGCACCAACACCACCACUACCACUACUAAUAUUACCACCACCGGUGAGGUAUUUCCCAAUCGCACCAAGUGCCCUCGACCAACAGUGUUGUACUGUGUCACAUGUGACGGUAGUGCCAUCAGCUUUGAAUUCGACCCUGUCAAAGGCAAAAUUGAAUGCAGCAAAGCUACGGCAGUGAGUUCACUUGAGGAUUGA